AUGUCGUCCGAUAAUUCCUCCAAUUCGACUUUUUCGCCAGAGAAAGAAGAAACGGCGAACAAUCCAGCCGUCACCAAACCGGCGGAUUGUGCUCGAGCUGCACAACAAAGCUCUUCAUCGUGCAGCACUGCGCCAGAUGCUCUUGAUACGCAGAAGGACAGUCCCCGCUCUGAUGGGCCCAAGUCUGGUCAUGAGGGUUAUUCCCACCUCACCAAGUACGAUGUCGGGUGGCGACGCGUGGUGAGGCAUUUCAGUCCAUCGUGGUUUUCUGUUACCAUGGGCACGGGUAUCGUCGCCGUGCUUUUGAACAGCAUCCCAUUCAAGGCCCACUGGCUGUACUACCUCUCGAUCAUAUUUUUCAUCCUGAACGCCGUCCUGUUUGCGUCAGCCCUAUGCAUUUCAAUUCUGCGAUACUCACUGUAUCCGGAGAUAUGGUUUGCGAUGAUUCGGGACCCGGUGAACUCGCUCUUCCUGGGGACCAUGCCCAUGGGGUUAGCCACCCUUGUCGAGAUGUGGGUUUUUGUCUGUGUCCCGUCGUGGGGGCGCUGGGCGAAAAUCGUCGCGUGGGUGCUUUGGAUGAUUGACGCCGUUAUUGCCGUCGCAGUGACUGUUUUCCUUUCGUUUUUGCUUGUCUCCCGUGAUUAUAUCAAGUCGCUGGACAAGAUUACUGCGGCGCAGCUGCUGCCGAUUGCUGCUACUAUCGUUUCAGCAGGAUUGGGUUCCGAGGUUGCGGCGGUUCUAGAUAACAGCCAACAUGCCCUGGGGACGAUCAUGACUUGCUACGUGCUCUGGGGAAUGGGUGUCCCGCUCGCAGUGGCUGUCCUGGUCAUGUAUUAUCAGCGCCUCGCCGUCCACAAGUUGCCGCCCAGGGAGGUGAUUGUGAGCAGCUUUCUCCCUCUGGGUCCGCUGGGGUUUGGUGGAUUUGGCAUCAUGUACCUGGGCAAAGUGAGUCGGAACGUUUUCCAAGAGACCAACACUCUGGACCCGAUUGCCGGCAGUGUCCUCUACGUUCUCGGAUUUUUCAUUGCGACCAUAAUGUGGGGAUUUGGGCUGAUCUGGUUCUGUCUGGCGAUCGCUUCCAUCUACCAGAGCCGGCCCUUCCCAUUCAACAUGGGCUGGUGGGGGUUUACCUUUCCUCUGGGCGUGUUUUCAGCCAGCACGAUCCAGAUUGGGAACGAGAUGCCGUCGAAGUUCUUCAAGGUCCUGGGCACGGUCUUUGCCACGUCUGUUAUCCUGCUCUGGAUAUUUGUUGCUACGCGAACCGUCAAGGGGGCGUGGUCUGGCAAGCUUUUCUAUGCUCCGAUUAUGCCUCAUACAACGAGAGUUGAGUCUGAGGAUUUCCCUGAGGAUCACCCUUGA